GUUCAUAAACACUUUUUUCAUAGCUUUCUUUGUUACUUUUAAGGUUGGAACUAACUUGCAGUACCUCCAGUAGGUAGAGAGGCAACCAUUUGUUGACCAGCUCAGGGACAAGCUACACUAUUCGCAGCCCUCAUCAAUAAUGAAACUGCUGAACAUACAAUAUAAAAUGAUAGGUGUUGGGCGUAGUAUUAUAGUGCACCAUGGAGAAUGUGAAAGUAAAGAUAACACCUUAAAGGCAGGGAGUGGACAGACAGGAGAGGGAUAACUUGUUUUUUCUCUUCUAUUACCAUUUUGGGCUCCAAAGCAGAACUUUAAUACACUGUGAUAUGGCAGAUGGUCAUAAGUUUUACCAGAGCAUUCCAAUUACCCACAGAAGGUUUUGAUGUUACGACAGCUGGAAAAGCAAAGGAGAGGGACCAUGCACUCAGGUGUGUCUCUGAGGGUGAUGAUACUGGCAGCUCUCACCGAUCACAUCACAGCCCAAAGUACUGCGGUCUUCAUCUUCUCGGUCCCACAUGGUCCAAUCUUGACCUGGUUGAACUCCUCCGUUUCUUUACCUUGUGAACUUUCACCUCUCUUCAAUGCGGAGCCAUUGGAGGUGCGCUGGUCCGGUGAUUUCAACAAACCUGCCUUGUUGUACAAAGAUCACAAGAUCCAGGAGACGUCUCUGGACCCCCAGUACAGGGGCAGGGUGUCUCUAACUGGGGGGCUGGAGAGAGGGAAUGUGUCCCUGAGACUGGAGAGGGUCACUCUAGAAGACAGGGGGGAGUAUGUGUGCUAUGUUAGCAGUGAACAGUGGUACAACAAGGCCAUUGUACUCCUCACAGUGAAUGGUAAGGGACUGGGGACAGUGCUUACUUAA